AUGUCUACAACCAAAAGUCAAGUUGAAAUUGAAUUCAAAUUUUCCACAACUAACGCGUCUAACACAGAUACGACUGAAGAUUGGGUCUUGAUAGAUUUAAGUGACGACAACUCCUGUCAACUUACAGAACAACAACAACUUUCUGAAAAAGAGCAAUCUUUACUGGAUACGGAUCUCAGCUCAAUUAAAUCUAAUUCCUGGUCUACUGAUCUUGAAAAAAUUAAAGAAAACGAAAAAAACGAACUUUUAAUUGACGUGUAUUCCAAUAAUCAUACUGUUGACAAUACGCCGAAUAAUCCUGUUCAAAAUAAUAAAUAUAUUCUUGAACUAUUGGAGAUAUUCUUAUAA